AUGAGGCACUCGAUUCUCCGAUUGCUCGUGAUUGCGGCCUUUGUUGUCCUGGUGGCCGCAUGGACAAAAGAAGAUCAUGAAAUCUUCCGUAUCCGCGACGAGAUUAUAGCAACUGAAGGCGCAAAUGUGACAUUCUACGAUUUCUUGGGAGUCAAACCUACUGCAAAGCAGGAUGACAUUAGCAAGGCAUACCGCAAGAAGUCUCGAAUGCUGCAUCCCGACAAGGUCAAGCGCGCCUUCAUUGCAAACACUUCCAAGGAUAGGGCCAAGGCCAAGGGGUCCUCCAAGGGGCCUUCGCAGCGUGAAAUUGCCGCUGCGGUCAAAGAGGCUACUGAGCGUGCUUCCCGCCUGAACGUCGUUGCCAACAUUCUCCGAGGCCCAUCCCGCGAUCGUUAUGACCAUUUUCUGAAGAAUGGGUUCCCCAAGUGGAAGGGCACCGGGUACUAUUAUUCGAGAUUUCGGCCGGGGCUGGGCAGUGUGCUUGUUGGUCUGUUUAUUGCUUUCGGAGGCGCCGCUCACUACGCUGCACUCAUUCUCGGAUGGAAGCGCCAGCGUGAUUUCGUUGACAGGUAUAUUCGCCAGGCGCGGAGGGCCGCUUGGGGCGAUGAAUUGGGUAUUCGCGGAAUUCCAGGCAUCGAUUCACCGGGUGCCACAGCUCCUCCGCCUGCCUCUGAAGCAGCAGAUGCUGGUGCCAUGCCGAUGAACCGCCGUCAGAAGCGCAUGAUGGACAAGGAGAACCGCAAAGAGGGCAAGAAAGGCACUCGCGGAACUUCGCGCAGCUCUGGUACGGCCACCCCAACGACCGAAGGCCCCGUACCCACCGGAGAGAGAAAGCGCGUGGUGGCAGAGAAUGGCAAGGUACUGAUCGUCGACUCCAUCGGAAACGUGUUCCUUGAAGAAGAGACGGAGGAUGGCGGCCGUCAGGAAUUCUUGCUGGACAUUGAUGAGAUUCAGCGCCCGACCAUUCGUGACACUUUGUUGUUCCGCUUCCCUGGCUGGUUUUACCGGAGAACAGUGGGCCAAAUGCUCGGUGGCUCGAAAGAGGAAGAUGCCGUGGCCGAGGAGCAGGACGAGACUGCUGAAAGGACGGAAGAACCCGUUAACGACGAGGCCAGUACAACUGGUACUUCUAACGGCAGGGUGAGGAGAAAGAGAGGUAGAAGGGACAACAGAUCAUGA